GUGAGGAUUUAUAGUUUACAACAAAGUAUCAGACUCCAUUUCUAAACACUGGACUCCAAAUGGUAAGGUCCAAAAAUAUCAUCAGACCUUUGUGUUUUUACCCUAGGGAACUUAUUUUCCUGAGAAAAUGCCUACAACAAAGAAAACGCUGACGUUCUUUUCAAGCUUUUUCACCAGCCUUGGGUCUUUCAUCGUGAUCUGCUCUAUCCUUGGGACACGAGCGUGGAUCUCCAGUACAAUUGCCGUUAGAGACUCUGCUUCAAAUGGGACAGUCCUCAUCACCUAUGGCCUUUUCCAUGGCAAGGGUACUCAAGAAUUCAGUCAUGGAUUUGCAGAACCAGACAAAACUUUUGCAGUUUUAGGGAUAUUGAAUAAUUCUUCCCCCAAAACAAUGCAUUUGGUGGCCAUCCUGUUCCUGGUCCUCAGUUUGUUCACGGCGCUGCUGAGUUCCGGGUUCACUUUCUACAACAGCAUCAGCAACCCCUACCAGACAUUCCUGGGGCCGAUGGGCGUGUACACCUGGAACGGGCUGGGCGUGCUCUUCAUUUUUCUGACCAUGGUGCUGUUCGUGGGGAACACGCAGUCCAACCGUCUCUCUGAAGAGCUGUUCCGUGUGCUCUAUCCCAUGGCCAUCAGUCAGGGAGUGACCCACAGUUACGGGUACUCAUUUUGGCUCACCCUGCUCGUCAUUCUCCUAAAUGUCAUCACCGUGGUCAUUGUCAUUUUCUACCAGAAGGCCAGAUACCAGCGGAAGCAGGAGCAGAGGAAGCCGAUGGAAUCUGGCUCCAGGGAUGGGAUGUUAUUCUGAAUUCUGCCUCACAUCAUCUCAGGGUGAUGUCCCCUCCACUCCCUGAGGAUGGAGUGGUUCAUCUAGGUAAUCUGCGUGGUAAAGUGACUGUCACUUGUGAUAGCUUUUGUCUUUCCUGGCACUAUGUUCCCCACAGAUGCUGUGCCCUUGGAAAGAGAUUUUCCCACAACGUUGGGGAAACAGGUGGGAAAAGUUUCUGUCUCUGCAGAGUUCAAAGUGGCAGAAUGGGCCUGAGCCUGCGGAUGUUUCUGCCCCAGUGUCGUGACCUGAAAUAAUAAAGGCCUGUGUUGUGCACGUCCCUUCCAGGGGUGGAAACACUUUCGCACCUGUCGUCUCAGUCUCCUCUGGAGCAACCUGGUGUUUUUAUUCUACUCUGUGAGUAAAGACUCCUAGGCACAGGGAGAAUCAGAGCUUGCCCUUCCAGGACCAGGUGCUGCAGCAGAGAGCAGAGACCUGGCAGGAAUGGCUUGGGCCUCUGCACCCUUGGUGGCUGACAUAACUCAUGCAAGAGUGGGUAAAAAAAAUGCUGAUAUGUGAACCCCAAACUACAUGUUUGAAGUUCUAAGAUGAGGUUUUUGAAAGAAAGAGAUUAGAUGUGAGAAAGUCAAAGAUAAAAAUCAUGGCCUAUGGGUCUAUAAGCCAAAAGGGCUAAAUAUUGCAUUUUUGGUUUAACAGCAUGUGGGUGAAUUCAAAAUGGAAUGAAACCUUUCAGCAAGUUCUAGCUGCUGCCACCCCGUCCACCAACCUUCUGCUUAGUUACCGUGGGUGGGCGUUGGUGGAGCUGGUCAGGUGGGAGCGCUUCGCCCAUUGGCAGACAACUCCCGCAGAGGCCGAGGAAGCUCUGGGCUACAGCACCGUGGCCAGCGGGCACUCCCUCCUGAGCCAGGGCCCGGCACACGAGGAGCACGGCUGUGGGGCAGCCCUUUAGGAAGAAGUGGGUAGAACUGGUUCCUGGUUGUAUGAGAAGACAGUGGCCAACCAGGAAAAACUUCAAAAAGAUACCAGAAUGCAUUCAAUCUUCUCUGCCAGUAGGAUAUUUUCCCAGAAAAUCACCUUCCCAGUCUUUAGAGCCUGAUUCCCACCGGUUAGCCGGGUUGAAGACUGAGAUGAUUCUAAAGUGAUCCCCUUUCCCACCUUGACGAAGUAUCACCCAAAGCAGCAGCAUUUCCUGGGUAUAAAUCUGCAGAGCAGCAGCUCUUUGGACAGAGAAUAUAUCACUUGUGAAGCUCCCAGGGUCGAUGACCUUCUUACUUACUAUGUUUUUAACAUGGUGUCUUAGGAAUAACAUUUUUCAUUCAUGCAUUGAGUAUCUGUGAUGUGGCUGGUGCGCGGGGGGCUAACCUGGCUGUUUGCUCCCAUGAAGCUCAUUGUUGGGCAGUCAAGAUAGACAAUCAAAGACCAGUUAUUAAAUUUCACUUAAAACAGGUACCUAGUCACACAAUUGCAUGAUUCUUUGGAAGGUCAGUUCUCUAUUACCUCCCACUCGAAAAGUUCUACUAAUUCAAAGUUACUCCUGUAUUCAUUUAUGAAACUUUCAAUGUAUUUUGAAAAAUCCAAUUAAUAGUGAAAAUUUUCUAAAUACUUUGGACCUAGAAACAUUUAUUUUCUUUAAAAGUUUGAAUUUUACACCAGAUUUUGAUAAUAUGGGCAAGUAAUAAAGCGGAAAAUGUGCAGGUGACAAACCCAUCCAGAUAAUUGCUAACUAGAGACUCACGUGGGGGACUGGUAUGCUUGGCAUUACAUCAUGGAAAGGGCAUGCGCUCACUCAGCCCAGCGUUUCAGCAGAGCUUGGCUUUCGUGGGGGACAAAUUGUAUUAGUCCCUGUAUUAAACAUGAGCUUUGUGGAAACAUUUAAAACACAGGAGUCAGGUGAACAGAUUGUUUCACACUUCACAAGAUGAAGAGAAUGGCCCUCCAAACGUGUUUAAAGGUGGAAGGUGAUGAAACUACAGGUGCACACUUACAAAUCUUGUUAAGCACAAAUGAGACUUCUGUACUAUUCACUAGCACAGGUAGUGCUGAAGGGUACAGAACGGGCCUCUUUGUCCCAGCCUACAAAACGGGUCUCUUAGUAAACAUCCAUGACACAAUGAGGCCGACUAACAUGUUUUUCAAAGAAAAAGUUACCAUGGGGUAUUAAUUUGCUGUUUUAAAACAACUGUAUCCAUGUGCAUUCUCUUAUAUUUGGAGUAGGGGAUUCUUCUGAAACAUGAUUUUGGAGGGUUCUGAAGUUUCUAUGUAAUUAGACUAUUUCAGGUGUCAUGACAUGGCCCCUCAUUAACCUCAUCCUGUUAUGAUGAACUGGGUUCAUCCCUAUUUGCAAAAUAAAUGAAUUAUAUAAAUUAUUGUGUUUUUCAUAUAGUCUACAAUGAUAACUUUAGAGAAAUCAAUUCUUCACACUGCUGUCAAAGUGAGUGGGCUUGGCCAACGAGCUGAGGUGGAAGGCAAGCAGGUUGCCCCAGGGAAGCUCUGCUACUGUCACCCCAGAACUGCACUUGAUCAUCAGAGUGAACCCUGGGGCUCAGGCAGGGCAGGGGCAUCUCUCCUUUUACAGGACACUCUGUAGGGUUAAGGAGUAAUCUUGCUGCCAAGCUCACAUGGCCACGCAUGACCGGACCUGCCGGGUCUGCAUGUGGAGUCUCAGGUCCACUCACCAUUGACCUUGAGCCUUCUGAGACUGCUCAGCCUCUCAGAGGCCCUGAGAACUGGCAGAUUCUACAAUAGGCAAGUAGAUGGCAAGCAUGUUUCCAGAACAGUCUCUCCGUCCCUGCCCAACACCCACCCAGCAUGCCUCUGUCUCUUACAUAGGAACCAGACAGUCUGUGUAGACUUAAACCCAGGUUCCUGGUUGCCUAAGCUGUUGUCUUUCUACAACCUGGUCAGGGCCACAGGCAUGUUGUCCGGAAUCAGCGACAGAUCAGAGUCAGGAGCCUUUCUGACCCUGAAAUUCCAGCUUGCAGGGAAGCUGUGGCUCCUCUGGUCCCUGUACCCUCUGGACCCUUCUGACUCAGGGGGCUCAGGCAGAUGAGGUCAUUCAGCCAGUGGGGUGGAAGGUUGACCCCUCGUAACAAUGGAGGGUGUGUCUGCUCUGUAAUCCUCCCCUUGUCCCCACCCCAGAGGCCCCCACCUCCAGGACUUGGGCACAUAGUGGAAUCUCAGGGCAGCUGUAAGAGCCGGCAGACACCUUCUCUCUCUGGGCCUUCCUUUCCUCAUGAAUGAAAAAUAAAUCCCAAAUGAUAGAAAUGACAAUCAACGUAGGAUUAUGUAGGAAAAUUCUGAGUUGGGCCGCCUGCGAUCUGCUACUCAUGACUCUGAAAAGCUACUUAAUCUCAGUAAGCCUCAUCUGUGAGGCUCUAAUCAUCUGUGAAAUGGGAUAAGGACAGCAGGCUUAGUGUAGAGGCUGUGAGAGAGUUAACAGGGAGUCCUGCCCUGAACAGCUGAGGCCAAGUCAUCCUCUCUUGCAGAACUGCAAAGGCCCAGCCAAUGCCACCACCCUUACUGAUGGCAGGCCACGUUAAUUCCUUUGUUCUAUAAACAAGCAAUAAGCCCAAAACUUAAGCCAGAGGGAUCAGUGGACUUGCCGAGGAACCCAGAGCUGGUGAGUGGCAAAGUGGAAGGAAAGCAGGCCCUUUUAUUCCCACGUUUGAUCAGAUCCACCAACUCUGCGCGUGUCAGGCCUGUGGGAAGCGCCAGGGUGGAGUCAGGGAGGGGAGGAAGGACCCUCACUGCUCCAGGAGCCCUGGCCCCCACAGGAAGUCUGGCGUUCCCGGGGUGCCUCGGAAGAGCUAAAGCUUCGCCGAACUCCAUUUAUGGAUUCUGUUGUGUGUCCUGUUCAUUCUGAACAAAAAGGCAACUGAUCUGUUUCCAGUAAAUCCUCAAGUGACCUGGGUGUCAUCCCAAGGCAGGGUCGGGGUCCUCCUCCUCCAGAAGGACUUGGUGGUCCCUCAAAUAGACAGCCACGGCCCAGGUGCUCCUGGUGACUGGGGAAGCCCUGUGAAAGCUGCACUGAGACAUGGCUGGGACGCUGGGGGGGUCUGUGGCACUGAGUGUGCCUUAGCCCUGCCGGGGAUCCGCCGGUCCUGUGAUGCUGCGCCCUUCCCGCUGCGGGUCCUCAUGCUCCCCAAGGACUGAAAUCACAGCCCUGGUCAGAAUUUCAGGCAGUGUCCUUGUUUAAAAGGAAAAAUGAAUUUAUCUUCGUGACAGGCUUUUGAUGGUGAAAAUUUUUUAUAUUCAAAAGGUUAAAUGUUUAGUGAAAAAGAAAAGUUUAGGUAGGUAUGCCUUGCAUUUUAUGACUGUUCAUUCUAAACAAACUACUUUUAAAAAGAACACACCUCUUACUUCUUGCUUCUGGGGAAGGGCCCUCAGGAGCUUUUGACCCUUGGUGGAAUCACCUGCUCCUCUGGCUAUGUUGAAACACAUCACUUCCACAAGGUUUGGGGCUCAUACAAAUCGCUGCUCCUGUAGGGGACGUGUCUUCUCUUAUUCAGUGCACAGAGGAGGUGGGUGCUCCAAGGAUCUUCCAGAAUAGUGUGUGGCUCCUGUCCUCAGGGCUCUGCCAGCAACAGUGACCACAACCACUAAUGUUUGCUGUUUCCCACAAGCCAGGCCUUAGGGUGCUGUAAGUGCUGUAAGCGUGAGACUGUACUGAGUCCCCACAGCAAGGAUGUGUGUGCCAUGUAAUCAACCCCAUCUUACAGAUGAGCCACUGAGGCCUGGAUGGGUUAAUAGCGUGCCACCAGCCCACAAGGCAGAGGCCACGCAGGGGUUCCAAUGCAGACCCAUCUGC